AUGUUAGAUUUGUCCAGUUUCUACUUUCAUGAGGUUAAGAAAAGCUCCGAAAAUUCUUUAAAAGUUUAUAUUCCUAUAACACAACUCAUUUCUCGUGAUACAAAUUUAGUUUUUAAAAAUAUAAGCGACGAUGAGAUUCCUUACAUUAGGAUGGUACCUUUGAUUAAUUUUGCAACGAAUAAAAAAACCCAAUAUCCAAUGGAUGAAACUAAGAGAGUUAUUGCAAGACUUUUUUUACCUGGAAAAUACUCAUCUAUCGAACUUAAGGACUAUAGCCUCUAUAUUUGGCUCUUAAUGAAGAUGGAUGCAGCUGAUGCAUUUUAUGAUAACCCCUCAAUGGAAGCCGUCAUGAAUUGGAUGUGUGACGCAUUCGAAGCUGCGAAAGAAAAAAGUAGACGGGUUGUGUUCCAACUUCAAACUGACUUACUUAGAGAUUAUGCUAUGCUCGAAGGAUCUUAUAGCAACUCCAAAACAAGUGACUAUGACUAUAAAGUUAAGGAUAAGUUACAUGUAAGGUAUAUAUGCUUUUUAGAUGAACCAUCGCUCACAAAAACAUGGAAUGAAAAAUCACAUGAAUUAAGUUCACGAUGGUUCGAUACAUACGGUGUGAUUUGUAAGCAAGUUAUGGAAUUGAAUAUCAAUAAUGAUGAAGUUGGGUUUAUUUGGUCUGAGUCAAAAUCCAAAAGUAACCGAUCGAGGAAUACCCCUGGUGUGCCAAAAAAGUUUUACAGUAACAUGUUGGAUGCCAUGGACAAAUCUAUGUUUUCCUCUGUGGAACGUCCAGAAAAAUAA